CUUUAUUUUCCUCCUCUUUUCUUUUCCCCAAUCAUCUAUCUCCCUUCACCCCUUAGGCUCAUUCAACACACUCCAAGGUCCUAACCAACAUGAUCACAAAUAGCCUAACAAGCUCAAUCCUCGCUGCUCUCUUCUCUCUUCUACGCUUUGUUUUUAUCUCAACUUCUCAAAAAACUUGCCCGAGAUGUGGCUCAAUGGAAGUCCCUUACCCUCUAAGCACCAACCCCAACUGUGGAGACCCUAGUUACUCACUCUAUUGUGACUCUUCAACUCAAAAGCUCUACCUUAAUGCUCUCAAUGGAAGCUCCUACCUUGUUCUCAGGAUUCAACCUCUAUCACAACGCUUCGUCAUCCAACCAUCGCCAUGGAUAAAAGGGACUUGCAUCACUCAAGACAUGCCCAAGAGUGAAGGCUUGUGGCUAAACCAAUCCCUCCCUUUCAAUAUAACCGACUCAAACACAAUCUUCCUCUUCAAUUGCUCACCUAGGCUAUUGGUCUCUCCUCUAAAUUGCACCUCGGCUAGCCUUUGCCAUGGAUACUUAGACGAUAAAUUGGCUCGUGUCGAUCCUCAAGAUGAACUCGGGUGCGCUACUGGCCCUGGUCCUUGUUGCACUUUCACUGCCGGAGGGCUGCCUUCGUCAUAUAAAAUCAGGCUCCAUAGCUCGGGAUGUCGUGCUUUUAGAAGCAUGCUGAGGCUCGACCCCUUGAAGCCCGCAAGCCAGUGGGAAGAAGGUCUAGAGAUACAAUGGGCUCCUCCUAACGAACCAAUUUGUCAAACACAAUCAGAUUGUGCCCAAGCGUCGACUUGUUCAAUAUCUGGCAGUUUUCGCCGUUGCCAAUGCAACAAUGGCUAUUACUGGGAUCCUGCUCUUGCAAAUUGUUCAGUAAGGAGUGAUCAUCACCACUCAUCACAGUUUAGUACUAAAGUCGUCGCAUUUUCAACAGGACUAGGCUCAUUAACACUAGUCACGAUGUUGAUGCUCAUCAUAGUGAGGUUUCGACACAUUAAGCUAUCGGAACAAUCAAAGAUUUCAAAAGAGCGGGAAGAGAUGUUGAAAGCAAGCAAUAGAGGGAGGUGUUAUAGAAUAUUCAGGUGGAAAGAGGUUAAAAAGGCAACUAACGGGUUUUCAAAGGAAAAUCUAUUAGGAAUCGGAGGUUUCGGUGAGGUCUACAAGGGUAAGCUUGAAGAUGGAACCCUAGUUGCAGUCAAGUUGGCUAAGGUUGGGGAUCUAAGGAGCACACAACAAAUUCUCAAUGAGGUAGGAAUACUCUCCCUUGUCAACCACAAGAACCUUGUUAGACUCUUGGGUUGUUGUGUUGAAGCCAAUAAGCAACCGCUGAUGAUGUAUGAGUACAUAGCUAAUGGCACUCUCAAUCAACACUUGCACAACAGUAGGUGGGAUUGGAGACAUAGGCUAAAAGUUGCACAUCAAACGGCUGAGGCCUUGACGUAUCUACACUCAUCAUGUAACAUUCCAAUCUAUCAUAGAGAUGUCAAGUCUACCAACAUUUUAUUAGAUGAAGAGCUCAAUGCUAAGGUAUCUGAUUUCGGGCUCUCAAGACUGGCACAGCCCGGUCUGAGCCACGUGUCGACGUGUGCACAAGGGACAUUAGGUUAUCUAGACCCUGAAUACUAUCGAAACUACCAACUUACUGAUAAGAGCGAUGUUUAUAGCUUUGGAGUGGUAUUGCUCGAGCUUCUGACGUCGAAGAAGGUUAUAGAUUUUGGGAGAGAUCCCGAUGAUGUUAAUCUUGCCGUGUAUGUGAUGAAGAAGGUUAAGGAUGGUAGAGUCAUCGAUGUGUUCGAUGAGAGGUUGUUCGGUUGUGAUGGUAUGUUGAGAAGUGCAGAUAUGUUAUGUGAACUUGCAAUUGAUUGUUUGAAGGAGAAGAAGGAGCAGCGGCCUAGCAUGAAGGAAGUAGUUGAGAUGUUGCAGUGUAUUAUUGACAUAGCAUCGAAUUAAGAAGAAUGUAAUGUAAAUAAGAAAGAAGGGUUGUGAAUGCAAUUCAGCAAUUUAAGAAAUUCCUCUUGUU